AUGGAAGUCCCUUUAUCUCUAUUCCUCCAAAAACAUCCUUUUGUCCAAUCACAAACUCAUGAAUUAAAACACUGGAACUCAAUAAUCAAGCACCACACUAAGCUCAAAGAUGACGUUGCCAUACUCACAACAUAUACCCAGAUGGAAUCUUUGGGUAUUUUGCCGGAUAAUGCCACUUUGCCUCUGGUACUCAAGGCCUGUGGCCGACUACAAGCCAUAGAAAAAGGUAAGAAAUUACACAAUUCCAUUUCGAGUACAAAUUUGGCUUCUGAUAUCCGUGUUCAGACAGCUCUUGUGAACUUCUAUUCAAAAUGUGGGAUGUUGCAGAAUGCACUUACAGUGUUCGAUGAAAUGACUCAGAGAGAUGUCGUUUCAUGGAAUGCUAUGAUUUCUGGGUGUUUUUGUUGUUAUGAGUACCAAAAAGCUCUCCAUUUGUUUUCUCAAAUGCAAAAGGAAAAUCUAAAGGCGAAUUCAGUGACCAUUGUUGAGCUGCUUCAGGUGUGUGGGGAGCUUUUGGAAUUGAGGUCUGGGAAGGAGAUACAUGGGUAUUCCUUGAGACAUGGUUUGUUUAACACAAAUCCUCAUGUGGAUUCUUCUUUAAUGGGGUUUUAUUUAAAAUUUGAUCCAUGGAUUGCAAGUCUUGUUUUUGAGACAUUAGCUUCAAGAAACACGAUAAGUUGGAACACUAUGAUAAGUGGCUAUAUUAACCAUGGGGAUUUCUUGAAAGCUCUGAAACUUUUCAUUCUCAUGCUCAAUGAAGGAUUCAAAUGUGAUUCUAUCACAAUGUUAGUUGUCAUUCAAGCAUGUGCUGAAUUUGGAGAUCAUGGACUAGGAAUGCAAGUUCAUCAACUGGUUAUCAAAUUUGGUUACAACAAUAUGCAUAUAGUCAACUCAUUGGUCAACAUGUACAACAAAUAUGCAGAUUUAAAAUCAUCCUAUGAGCUAUUUACCUCGAUUCCAACAAAAGAUGUUGCAUUAUGGAAUUCUAUGUUAUCUUGUUAUGUUGAAAACGGAUUAAUCAAUGAAUCAAUACAUUUGUUAAAUAAAAUGCAGUUGGAGGGCAUUAAGGUAAAUGAACGAACUAUAGUCAUUAUACUUCCUCUAUGUGCAAAUCUUUCUAAUGGUUUAAUAAAUGGUAAAAGCUUACAUGCUUAUGCUUUUAAGAUUGGAAAGGAAAGAAACAAACAUAUUGGAAACAGCUUAGUGAAUAUGUACACAUUGUUAAACUGUGUUGAAGAUGCCACAAAGGUUUUUCAUAAGAUGAAGGACAUAGAUGUAAUUUCAUGCAAUGUUUUCAUCUCUGCAUUGGCAAAUAACAAACUCAAGGUUCAAUCUUGUGAAAUUUUCACCAAGAUGCUAGAAUUGGAAAUCAAACCGAAUUCUCAAACAAUAACCUCAAUACUUUCUGCUUUUGAUGGAAUAGGUUUCUUGAAAUUUGGCAAAUCCAUUCAUGGUUAUGUGAUGAAAUGUGGGAUUGAGAUAGAUGCAUCUUUAAACACUGCACUUACAGAAAUGUAUAUAAAUUGUGAAGAUGAAUCAACGGGUAUGAGGGUAUUUGAGGAAUUUCCUUAUAAAGAUUUGAUUUCUUGGAACUCGUUGCUUUCAACUUACUUCAAGAACAAUCAACCCUACAAAACUUUACUCCUUUUUCAUCAUAUGAUCACAAGGGUAAAAGUAAAACCGAAUUUUGUCACAAUCAUAAACAUUCUCUCGUUAUACACUCAUCUUUCUAAUCUCCCACAAGGGAAAUUCCUACAUGCUUACACAUUAAGAAGAUUUUCAUCGUUAAAUUACGAUUUACCCCUUGUGAAUGCCUUCAUAACUAUGUAUUCAAGAUGUGGUAGUUUGGAAUAUGCUGAAAAUCUCUUUAAUGUAUUACCAAAAACAAAUAUUAUUUCAUGGAAUGCAAUGAUUGCUGGAUAUGGAAUGCAUGGACAUGGGGAUGCAGCUAUGUUGACUUUUUCAAAAAUGGUCAAACAAGGAUUUACACCAAAUCGAGUGACAUUUAUUUCUGCUUUAUCUGCUUGUAGUCAUUCUGGAAUGAUACAAAAAGGUUUACAACUUUUUUAUUCCAUGGUUCAAGAUUUUGGUAUAACUCCUGAACUUGUUCACUACAAUUGUUUAGUUGAUCUUUUAGCUCGUGGGGGGUUCUUGAAUGAAGCUAAAUAUGUGAUUGACACUAUGCCCAUGGCACCAGAUGCUGCCACCUGGCGAGCUCUGAUUGGUGGGUGUCGAGUCUACUCAGAUACCCACUUGGCUAAAGCUGCUUUUGAGAAUCUUAUUGAAUUAGAACCAAAGAAUCCUGGGAAUUACGUGUUGUUAUCCAACAUUUAUGCGGCUUCUGGACUUUGGGAUGAAGUAAAGAGUUUAAGAUUGAUUCUUGAAAACAAGGGUUUGAAGAAGCCAGCUGGCAGAAGUUGGAUUGUUAUCAAAAGUCAACUUCAUUUCUUUGCAGCAGGAGAUAAAUCACAUCCACAAUCCGAAACAAUCUACAGAAAGUUGACUUCUUUGUUGACUUUUGUUAAGGAAAUGGGGUAUGUUCCUGAUCUUAGAUGGGUUCUUCAUGAUGAAGAUGAUGAAAGAAAAAUGGUGAGGAUUUUAAGUCAUAGUGAGAAACUAGCAAUUGCAUUUGGAUUGAUUAAUGUGAGUGGUUGUUCACGGAUCUUGAUUACUAAGAACCUAAGGAUUUGUGGUGAUUGUCAUGAAUUUAGUAAGUAUGUUUCAAAGCUUUUGAGGAGGACCAUAAUUAUAAGGGAUGCUACUCGUUUCCACCAUUUUGUAGAUGGAUUAUGCUCUUGUAAGGACUAUUGGUAA